AUGGGACGCAGCAGGAGCCGAGGGAGAAGCAGGAGCAGAAGCAGAAGCCGAAGCCGCGGCCGCCGCGGCGACGACAGGUACCAGCAAAAGCAUGCCCAUGGCGUGGUCGGCGCACUUGACCACCCCGCAGCGGACACCACCAGCUGCCGUGUCGAACGCCACGGAUUUCUGCUUUCUUAUCUUACAACCGCGCUGGGCGCCUUCAUUUCAGGUGGCGUCCGCCCAGGAGCGACGAUUGGGAGCGCGGCAGCGGCGGGGGCGGCCGCAGGGACCGCGCACGCUGGGGUGACGCUGCGGGCGGCAGCGGCCGCAGCGAGCGCCCCUCUAGGGACGGGAGCCCCGGCCGCCGAUCAGACCGCCGCGACAGCCGCAGGCGCAGCCACAGCAGGAGCCGGAGCACAGACGUGCGGCGCCGGCACAGCAGCGGCGCCGGGCGCCGCGCGGCGCGCGGCAGCCGCAGCAGGAGCGCGAGCAGAGGCCGCCACCGCCGCUCGCAGCGCAGUGCAAGCCGGAGCCGGAGCCGGAGCCGCAGCGGCGGGCGCGACCGCGGACGGCGGCGGCGUCGCAGCAGCAGCCGCGGCGACGACUGCGGCCGGCAGCGGCAGCGGCGGCGCUCCGGCUCCCGGGGCGGGGCGCGCUCGCGGUCCGGCGGCUCAC